CAUCUGCCUGUUUGUCUCCCCCCUUUCCUCCAUCUGCCUGUUUGUCUCCCCCUUUCCUCCAUCUGCCUGUUUGUCUCCCCCUUUUCCUCCAUCUGCCUCUCUUUGGGAAACCCAGGGUCCCACUGUGUGUAAACAGUCUCUUAUAUAUGUGUCUCUAUGGGGUCAUGAUGAACAGAGGUUUGUGGGUCAUGAUGAACAGAGGUUUGUGGGUCAUGAUGAACAAUUCUUUGCUGUUUUGUGUAUCCCUGUUUUGCUGCUUGAUGCUGUUGGUUUUGCUGCUUGAUGCUGUUGGUUUUGCUGAUAGGUGCUGUUGGUUUUGCUGAUAGGUGCCGUUGGUUUUGCUGAUAGGUGCCGUUGGUUUUGCUGAUAGGUGCUGUUGGUUUUGCUGAUAGGUGCUGUUGGUUUUGCUGAUAGGUGCUGUUGGUUUUGCUGAUAGGUGCUGUUGGCUUUGUUGCUUGGUGCUGUUGGUUUUGCUGCUUGGUGCUGUUGGUUUUGAUGCUUGAUGCUGUUGAUUUUGCUGCUUGGUGCUGUUGGUUUUGCUGCUUGGUGCUGUUGGUUUUGCUGAUAGGUGUUGUUGGUUUUGAUGCUUGGUGCUGUUAGUUUUGUUGCUAGGCGUUAGUUUUGCUGCUUGGUGCUGUUGUUUUUGCUGAUAGGUGCUGUUGGUUUUGCUGCUUGGUGCUGUUAGUUUUGUUGCUAGGUGUUAGUUUUGCUGCUUGGUGCUGUUGGUUUUGUUGCUAGGUGCUGUUCCUUUGUGCUGUUGGUUUUGUUCCUUGAUACUGUUAGUUUUGUUGCUCUGUGUUAGUUUUGCUGCUUGGUGCUGUUGGUUUUACUUCAGUAGUUUUAUUGAAAUAACAGACUCAGUUCAUUGCUAGGUUUCCUAUAGAUUGUCCUUAUAAUAGGCCACUUGCAGUUUUGUGACACAACACAAUGCCACAGAUGUCUCAAGUUUUGAGGGAGCGUGCAAUUGGCAUGCUGACUGCAGGAAUGUCCACCAGAACUGUUGAAUUGAAUGUUAAUUUCUCUACCUUUUUAGCAAAUUUGGCAGUAUGUCCAACCGGCCUCACAACCGCAGACCACGUGUACCCACGCCAUCACAGAACCUCCACAUCCGGCUUCUUCAUCUGCGGGAUCGUCUGAGACCAGCCACCUGGGCAGAGUUCCCACUUGGCCCUGAUAGACACUCUGAUGUUGGCGUACACGGUGGAGAUGGUGAGUGUGGAGCGGGUGAUGGCGUGUGUCCACAGAUGCUCCUCCCCUCUCAAUGACCCCUCCUCCCACCCCGAAGGACACAUCAGAGAUCUGCCCUACGACACUGAGGACGCAGUCACCACAUGGAUCAACAAGGUGAAUGAGCACCUCAGGGAGAUUCUGGUGGAGGAGCAGAGGUUGAGAGAGAGCUCUUGUCUUGAGACCAGAGCUACAGGAGCUCAGAGGGCGCGCUACAGGAGGGAGUAUGCCCAGCAGAGGGCAGCUCCAACCCUCCCCCUGGUGGACAAUCUGCUGAAGGACAACACAGACGGCUGUGCCCUGGCCGCACUCCUUCACUUCUACUGCACAACGUCCAUCAGACUGGAAGAUAUCUGUCUGAAGGAGACCAUGUCACUGGCUGACAGUCUGUACAAUCUGCAGCUGGUGCAGGAGUUCUGCAGGGACAACCUCAACCACUGCUGCCACUUCUCCCUGGAGGACAUGCUCUAUGCCCACUCUUCCAUCAAGAACAAUUACCUGGUGUUUAUGGCAGAGCUGUUCUGGUGGUUUGAAGUGGUGAAGCCUUCGUUUGUACAGCCCAGAGUCUUUGACCCACAAGCCUGUGAUCCUGCCCAUUCAUCCAGGACUAUGGGUCCUAUGUGUAGCCCAGCCAAAAAGGACUUUGGGGAGAGACCUGACAGCCCAAAACACGACAGGCUUCAACCAGACUCUGCUUCAGGUGUGAUCAAGAGGUCGGCGUCCAUGUGCUAUGUGGACGGCUGUGUUGGGACGUGGCCUAAGGAGAGACGGUCUCGGGGCAUCUCCUUUGAGAUUCCUCUGGACGGGGACCCAAGCGCCCCUCCCUGUCGGGGUCCUUCCCUCCGAAGCAUGACCCGCUCUGCCAGCACAGACGGCCUGGGGGGGUUCAAAGUUCACCACACACCUCGGGAGGGCAUGAGGCACCAACUCCCCUUUCAGCCGGUCAGCGUUAACGGUCAGGGUUGCAGUGCUAGACACAUACCUGAGGAGGACUACGACAGGGACUCACACAACUACAACUCCCAUAAAGCACUGGGGCGUGGGCAGACUCAGCCACACAGGAGCCAGAGCAGAUAUUCCAAUGGCGUUCUCCCAGAGAACGACAAGGGCGGCAGUACACCCCCUGUACCCCUCAGCCCGUCAACCCCGCCCAGCAUCGAGGAGGCCCUGAAGAUCAUCCACGACGACACAGAGAGGCCCCACGGCAGCCUGGGGCCCGGGGCCAACGGCUUCUUCCUACAUGAUGGAGCUGAACCUCCAGACCCAGGCCACGACCCUGACGACUAUCCAGGAUCGGCUAAGGCCCGGGCGGACGAGGCCGACCCCAACUCAGCCUCUACGGAUGAGGUGGACACAGGGAUCCACGUGAGGACAGAGGACAUCCAGGAGAGUUUGGAGGAGGACAACUCUUCCCUCAGGGACUACUCUGAUAUAGACCCUGACUAUGAAGCUAUGACCCGAUCCUGUCCCCUACCAGAGGGGGAUGGAGAGAGGGGGGUGAGGAACGGAGACAGGGGAGAGAGGAGCAGCCCAUGCCCCAGCUCGGUGCCCCCCGCCCCCCUGUCCCAUGUGCCCAGCCCUGCCUCGUCCUCUGGCGGUUCAGGCGGAGGCGUGGUUCGCAUGACCAGCUUCGCCGAGCAGAAGUUUCGUAAGCUUGAGGGACGGAGCAGUGGAGGGACCACCCCCGAGAGCUCCGAGCUCAAUGUUCCGAACACGCCCCCCGCACAAACUGCCACACCUGAGGGCUCAAGCCCCGCCCACCCAGCCCAGAGCCCGGCCACACCCUCUACCAAAGACCACACCCACCUGCUGUCGUCAGAGAUGGUGCACCUGAAGAUGAAGCUGGAGGAGAAACGCAGAGCCAUCGAGGCCCAGAAGAAGAAGGUGGAGGCAGCGUUCACCCGGCAUCGUCAGAAGAUGGGGAGGACAGCCUUCCUCAACGUGGUGAGACGGAAAGGGAUAACCCCCUCUCCCACCAGCCCCCUCCCUGGGGGCCCAGACCUGGACAAAUCCUCCCCAGACCCCCUCCUCACCCCAUCAGGCAGUCUGGGCCAGGCGGAGAGGUGCAAGCCCGAUGGAGCCGUUCCCAAGUCCCCCUGCGAGGAGGGUGCAGGGUUAGUGGCUGGAGAGGUGGACGUGGCUGAGUACACUAGCUCCAUCGAGAGGCUGAACACGUCCCUGGGGUUCCUGCAGACAGAGAUGCAGCGGCUGGCUCAGCAGCAGGACAGGAUCAUGGCCAUGAGGGAACAGCAACAGUCCUGGGUCAUACCUCCUCCAGCGCCCUCACCACACAGGCAGCUACGGGAGCUCCGGCGCAACAGCGUAGCCGGCCGGGGGUCCGUGGGGUCCAUGUCCCCCAUCCUGUCCUCUGCCGGUGGUUCCCCCCGCGCCCCCCACCGUUCCCCUGGCGGCCUCAAGCGCCGACCAGCCUCCUUCCACGCCAGCACCCCUCACACCCCCCGUACCCCACGCCCCAGCGAGCUCAAGGUAACUCCCUUAAGACGUAUGCUCAACACCCCCACGUCUGUGGACAGUCUGCCCAGGCUAAGACGCUUCUCCCCGAGCCAGACCCAGGUCACCUCCUUUGCCUACCUGGGACAUGAUGAGGGUCCUGGGGCCACAGAAGAGGGCAAGGAGGGAGGGGCCCUAGGGGGAGCAGAGGAGCCCCAGAACCAAAAUGAGGAGCUUGAGACACAGCCAGAGGUAGCAGAGGCGGGGAUAAGGAGUGCAGGCGCUCACCCCUCCUCGCCCACUAAAGGGAGAGAGCAGGAAGGGAAGGAAGAGAGGAGAGAUGAAAGGACGGAGAAGUUGGCAGAGGUGCUGUCCCAGCCCAGUAGAGACCUGAUAGAAGUACCAAUGUCCGCACUGAAGCCUCUGGGUGGACAGGGUCUGGAGUUGAGUGGAGAGCUGUACGGAGAGGACCAGAAAAUGUGCUGUGGGUUCUUCUACAAGGACGAUGGGAAGGGAGAGGAGGACAUGGCGGUGAAGAGGGCUGCUCUGCUGGAGAAGAGGCUGAGGAGAGAGAAGGAGAAACAGGAGAAGAAACAGCAGCAGGAGCUGGAGCAGGAGCAGAGGAAGGAGGAAGCACGACUGAAAGCAGAGGAGGAGCAGCAGAAGCGAGAGGACGAGAAGCAGAGGAAAGAUUACAUAAAGAACGAGUACAUGAGGAGGAAGCAUUUGAAGCAGGUGGAGGAUAUGGAUGUCAGGCCCCGUCAUGGAAGUCUUAAAAAGAAGCCACGCCCCAAAUCCAUCCACAGGGACGUCAUGGAGUCACCCAAGCCCCCCGUCAGAGCCACGGGCACUCGACCGCGUGGGUACUCAGUCUCCAGCAUGUCCCUAGCCUCCCUCAACCUGGCAGACAACGACAGCAACGCGGGAGAUGAGAGGACCCCCAGACCCCCCAGAAGCAGUAAACUAGGCACUGUGAGAGGCCAUAUCUCUUUCUUUUUAAGCUCUCCCAAAGAGAGAAAGGGAAGGCCAGACUCUGCGAGGCCAGACUCUGCGAGGCCAGACUCUGCGAGACCAGACUCUGCGAGGCCAGACUCUGCGAGGCCAGACUCUGCGAGACCAGACUCUGCGAGGCCAGACUCUGCAGAGGGCAAUCUGUCAUCCUGCCCGUCUCGUAACGGAGAGAAGGACUGGGAGAACGACUCCACAACCUCCUCCACUCCCUCCAACCAAGAGUACACAGGCCCAAAGCUGUACAAGGAGCCCAGUGCCAAGUCCAACAAGCAUAUCAUCCAGAAUGCACUGGCCCACUGCUGCCUGGCGGGCAAGGUCAACGAGGAGCAGAAGAACAAGAUAAUAGAUGAAAUGGAGAGGUCGGGGGCCAACAACUUCCUGCUUCUAUUCCGGGACACGGGUUGCCAGUUCCGCUCGGUGUACUCCUACUGUCCAGAGACGGAGGAGAUCACCAAGCUGGCGGGCAUCGGGCCAAAGAGCAUCACGGCCAAGAUGAUCGAGGGACUGUACAAGUACAACUCGGACAGGAAGCAGUUCAGCCACAUCCCAGCCAAGACCAUGUCGGCUAGUGUAGACGCCAUCACCAUCGCCCCCCACCUGUGGCAGACCAAGAAACUGGGCACACCCAAGAAACUGGGUAGUCUCAAGUAGUCACAGCAACAAGCCGUUUUCAUAACAAACCAAGGAUAUUGUUGUUCGGUGUCUUGGGUUAUAGUUGAGGACUGAGGGGAGACUCUGUGGGUUAUCUGACCCAGGAACGGACCCAGGUCUGUGUAUGACCUGGGGUAUUACAGGGUCUGGUUUGGUAUGAACGGUGCUACAGAGUCCAGCGUUCUAAUGUUUUUUCCCAGUAAGAUAUCCCCAGAACACUUCAACUCAGCAUUCAUCUGGGUCUGAUAUACAGUAUAAUUGGAUGAUUAUGUAGAAGGGUUUUUCUUCUUAAGAAAAUACUGCUGAAAGUAUUACUGGAAUGUAGGAGAAGAAAACAACACAAGCCUCAAGGGACAUUGUUGUUGUUAUGCAAGACUGUGGGGGGGGGGGCAGAGUCAUUCUAAUGGAGCACGCGUGUGUGUGUUCGUCAGCAUGCGUGGGUGUCCAAAAAAGAGGGGGCUGAUGAAAGCCUUACUGAAUCAGACCACUGGAGCACUGAAUGUCAUCUCUCUGAAAUAGACCGAGUUUGAGUUCUCUCUGUUCAUCAUGUUUGGCCUUAUGCUUGUUUUGUGUGUCAUAUGAAAGCACAGCGAUUAUGUUAUAUUUAAGCGCCAGUUGUGAUGUUUGUGUGAGUUUAGGAUGAUUGGCUGUGUGUCAGGCUUGCUUUUCUCUCUGGCUGAAAGAGAAGACUGAGCAGUUGCGUUUGUGUAAUGUGUAAACAAUUGCCAAGAUUGAGUGAGGUGAAUACCUCAGAAAUAGGUUGAUGUUACUUUCGAUAAGAACUAGAUUGUAAAAUCAUUGAUUUAAGUAUCAUCUACAGAACCAGUCUAAAGUUUAGACACACCUACUCGUUCAAGGGUUUUUGAUUAUUUUUACUAUUUUCUACAUUGUACAAUAUUAGAGUGUGCAAAGCUGUCAAGGCAAAGGGUGGCUACUUUGAGGAAUCUCAAAUAUAUAUAUAUUUUUUUAUUUAACACUUUUUUGGUUACUACUUGAUUCCAUAUGUGUUAUUUCGUGGUUUUGAUGUCUUCACUAUUAUUCUACAAAGUAGAAAAUAGUCCAAUUAAAGAAAAACCCUUGAAAUGAGUAGGUGUGUCCACUUUUGAUUGAAUCUGUAGUUCACGGGAAUGUCAGCAACUGACUUAAUAUAUUUUAUGUUUUUGAUAAGACUUUGGAAGUCUUAAAAUUUCAUUGACAGAAAUAUAAAUAUACUUUAAGACUAUAUACAUUGUAUAAGUUAAUUUAGUUUGUACAUAAAUACCUAUUCCAUUCAAAAUGAAUGAGUCAAACUAGCGUUUAUCAUUUAAUAUGGACGUACAUAAACUUAAUAUAUGGGGCCUUUAGUUGUUUAAACAUUUAAGCUGUUCAAUGUCACUGACACGACGAUUUACAGCUGUAGAAUAGCAGCAAGCUUCACAAAUUGUGUCAUGUGUCAGUGCAACUCAGAGAAAAUGUCUUAUAAAGGAUAUUGUUGGGAUACAGUAUGUGUUUGGACCUCACAGAUAUUCAAAAGCAUUUGACUUUAUUGUGGAUAGUAUCUUAACUGUUGAAUUCCCUUUACACUCAAAGUAGUCCACAAUACAUCUAUGUGUACAUAUACAAUUGAGAGUAAAUAAUCGAUAGCAAUUCAUGAUACUUUCCCACUGUAGAUUGCAGUAUUUGUUGUAUAACUGCGUACUUACAUAAAGUAGAUCACAGAAAGAUGAAACAUUUCUACUGUUACAUUAUGCUUUAACAUUUGACAUUCUUCUAACCUAUGGAAGGAAACGUUUAUUUUAUUUGAAGUAAAGCAGUGUUUACGCUGUACAUUAUAUACACUAUUUUGUCAGGUGUUUUUUCGUAAACCAUUUUCCAUUUUGAGAUUUCAUGUGAGCAGCAUAUCUGUCUCAAAAGGGAGUGUUUUGAAAGCAUGAGAGGGUAUGAGUGACGGGCAACACAUAGCAAGAGAAAUGACUGCAGACUGUCCCACUGCAUACUGUUGUCGGUAGUGGAUUAUCACAUAUGUAUGUGAUGCCAUUCUGGGUUUUUCACAAUCUAAAUUCAUUUUAUUUUAACCCUGUUCAUGUAUUUAUGUUAUUUUUAUAUAUUCAUUUGAACUAUAUUAAAAUGUUAAUUUUCA